AUGGAGGCUUAUGUCACGCUUCUAACGUCGGACGCUUAUGCUUCUGGCGUUCUCGUACUUGCUCAUCGUUUGCGCGAUCUCGGUUCGAAAAAGGACAUUGCGUGUCUCGUCACACCGCAAGUGUCUGAGCGUAUCCGUCGCUAUCUGGAAACCGUGGUGACCGUCAUUGCCGUCGAUAUGAUACGGUCAUAUGAUGAAGCCAAUCUAAAGAUUCUCGGUCGCCCCGAGCUCGAUGUCACCUUUACCAAAAUCCAUGUGUGGCAACUCCAUCAGUACACCAAAAUCGUCUUUCUCGACGCCGACACCUUGCCUAUGCGCAACGUCGACGAACUGUUUGAAAGACCGGAUUUUUCCGCCGCCCCCGACGCAGGAUGGCCAGAUUGUUUCAAUUCAGGUGUCUUUGUUACUGCCCCUUCAGAUUCCGUUUAUCAAGAUUUGCUCACACUGGCCAAAGAAAAAGGAUCCUUUGACGGCGGUGAUCAAGGACUUUUAAACACAUACUUUAGUUCCUGGCCUAGUUCAUCUGCUCAUCGGUUACCUUUUAUCUUCAAUACGACACCGACAACGCAAUACAGGUAA